AUGGAAUUUCACAAUGUGCGGGACUUCAGCGAAUUCUGCGAGCAACUGCACGAAAUCAGGAUCAAAUUCCACAAGUGGGACAGCUGCGAGAGGACAGUGGCUCUGUAUUACUUAAUGACUGGUUUGCCUUACGCAAACGCCAAAUUUCUGCACCACGCUCUCGAGCAAUGCAUCUCGGCUGCCCAAAACCACGAAGCAAACGCGAUGGAAAGAAACGCCAACGACCCCACGUACAUUUCCAGUUUCUUAUCGGAAAAACCGCAGGUCAGCCUAUCGUUACUACUAACUCACCUACCUUUACUGAAACCAGGUAACAAAGAAGCUGCCGAUUGUUAUUUAAGUACCAUACGUAAAGUAUUAACUGAAUUUUUAACGCCGCCUUACAAAAUUUAUAACGAGUGUGUUGAGAUUAUGUCCUACGUUUUUAUACACCCCGCCUUUAACAAGGAGGAUAAAAGAUCGUUCAAAUACCUACUGAAACACGUGGUCAAUAGAGUGAGCCCUGAUAAUUUUAUACACGAGUCCAGCGAUGAAUCUGUCAGCCCCAACCCUGAAUUCAUACAGUUGAAUAAGCGUUCCAAUAGUUUAAUUCCCAACUACGAUCAAUGGUCUUCCCAGGAGAAUCUAACCAAACCUAACCAAAAACAGCGCAGUUACUCUCUGUCGAGUGAUAAUCCUUUGUUUAUAAACUCGACGUUGCAAACGAGCAGCUCGGAGACGAAAUUGCAAGAUUUGCAAAGCUUAUCCAACCAGCCAACCAUGAAAAGCAUUAUAUCAUGGCUGAAAUCGCUCAGACUGCACAAAUACAGCUGGGUCUUCAACAACCUAACCUAUGAGCAAAUAUUGAAGUUAAACGAGGAAUCUCUAUCGUCGAUAGGGAUCACUAAAGGGGCUAGACAUAAGUUGCUGUUGAAUAUAAGUAAGUUAAAGGAUAGGAGUACCAUGUUGACUGAAUUGGAGACUGAAAUUAUGAAUGGUGCUGAUUUAAAUGGGGCUCUCAAGAAAAUUAAGGGGGUGCUUCAAAGUCCUCUGCAAAUGAACAGAGGGGAAGAUCUUCCCGCGCAAAUUGUCAGGGUUAUGGGAAAAGUUUGCACCCAGCUUUUGAUGCUGCGACAACCGCCAGAUGAGUGCUUGGUACUUUUCAACUCUUUGUGUGAGAGAGCCGAAAUUGUGGAUACAUUUAACGAGGAUCAGAAAAAGAGGUUGACAAUGUGGAAGGGGCAGUUAAUAAAUGGCACUUCGAUGCCCAUGUAUGGACAGCAACAACACACCAACUCCAGCAGAAACAACUACGCAUCGGGCGCCAACGCCGUCCCGUCGAUGCAAAAACACGCCGCCUACACGCAAAAAUCCUCGUCGUUUCCCAACAUGCAAUCGACGGCCCACCUAAAAUCGCACCGCCACUCCGUGGGCAGCGUCACGCUGAAAAGCCAGCUGCUCUCGGUGCCGGCAAAUUCCGCGUCGCCGAUCGCGGGCGGCGGCAAAAUUCCCGACAACAAGACCGCCACCGGUCCGUUUCACGUCCGGUUCGAGGAGAGCGACAAAAAUAAGCGCCGCCAGUCGAACGUCGACAUCGAGAGCAGCCUCGAGUCGCUCUGCAUCCAGAUGAUGGAGCACGCGCUCGGGCCCUAA